AUGAUGUCAAACUGGCAGGAAGAAUACUUGUUAGCUCUAGGAGUGAGGGAUGCGCGUGAACAAGCAAACGCUGCUAUUUACGAUGCCUACACCCGCCUAGCCGACCGCACAAGCAAAGCCCAUUCCGCCUCUUCCCCGACCAGGCCCGCCGGCUCGCCUGCCGGUAACAUCCAUGAAAACAACAGCAGAAAGCUAGUCCCCUCCUCCAAACGACAGCAUGGAAGCGAGACAUCUCCCACCAACGACGCGCUCCUAGCUGCUGCGCGACAAGAUCUUUCCGAAGCACAGCGCUCGCGCACAGAGCUAUUAGAUAAACUUGCCAAGACGAGCGCGGAGCUGGAGAAGCUGCAGCGGAAAACGAAUGCGAAUGCGCGCAGCAUUGAGGAGUUGAGCGCGGAAAAGGCGCUGUUGCUGACUAGGGUGAAGGAUCGAGAUGAGGAACUGAGGGGGAAGGCGAAGUUGUUAGAUAACGUGCAAACGGAGCUCGUAUCACUGAAUCUACAGUUUAAUAUGGCAGAGGACCGUGCGAAGAGGCUGGAGGCCGAGAAUAAGGAAUUGGUUGAUCGAUGGAUGGCAAGGAUGGGGCAGGAGGCGGAUGCCAUGAAUAAGGCAUCCAAGUUUUCCUGACAUCCUCCUCAUGCUCAGUUUCUUGAUGCACCUUGUAUAACCUCUUCUUUUGAAAGCGAGUUGAUGAAAAAUCGAAUCAAUGAAACGGAUCGAUGGGCGCGGCGUUUUCCUUUUCUCUUCAGAUGGGCGUUAUUUCUG